GGGGUGAGGAAAACCAUCAAAACAGAGAAUUGAGUUUCCAAUGAGACUUGAGACCACAGUCAGCUCUGAUGAUAUCAGUGUAUUUCAGACUUCUCAGAAGGUCAUGAUAGAGGUUUUUGAUGAUGGAGUCUUGUGUAAGACUAAGGGUAGUUUAACCUACCUUCCUGGCCAGAUUAAGGAUUAUAAGAUGGUCAUCGCGUUUGGGAUCACUUCGAUCUGCUUAGAUAAACAAAUAGCUAAACUAAUGGUGGGAGAAAUCAGAUCUAAGAUUAAACAGAAAGAAUUCGAAAUAAAAGCAAAUACAAAGUCAAUAGCUAAUAAUGCUCAAAGAAUUAUUUCUGAUUUCCAAAGAGUUCUUCAGUGUAUUUUAAAUAAAAUCAAAAAUGAAGAUUUCAGGAAUACAUUAGGAGAAGGUAAACCUCUUCAACCUUCAAGCUAUACUAAAGACGAGCCGAAAAAUACUUCGACGAAUAAAUUUUCUAAUGACCGACCAGAAAUCUCAAAGAAGGGUAGGACAUCAGAUGAGAGCUCUCAUAAAGCAAAAAAUGUAUCCACCACCAAGGAUACUCCAAAGGAAGAAGAGAAGAAGGAUAUCGUAAAUAUUGAUAAAGGUACUCUCGAGCUAGACAUGAGCAAACCCCAAGAUUGCCAGACUGUUAAGAAGGUUCUUGAGAGCCUUGACUACGAAACCAUAUCAGAUUGCUUUAUAUUUACCUUUGUUACCACACCAAAAAGCUGAGAGAAUGUGAACAGGUUAUUAUCUGAUUAUUUCCCUAGUAAAGUCUCAAGGUUCUGUUUUAAGAAUUCUCUUCCAGAAGGAGCUAUUACUGACUACUGGUCAUCCCUUGAGUCUAUAAGCUCCAGGUCAAUACAUAGGCUCGAGAUCACAAACUUUGUAAUCCCCAGUGACCUCCUUGGGAAUAUUAUUGAUGCCUUUAGCCAAGUGGCUAUAUUAAUGUUCUUGAACUGAAAAAUUGAAGGUGAACAAAUUGACAUUGAUACUAGCAGAAAAUUUAAAAUAAAGGAUUUAGUCUUCUGUUUUUGAGGUGAAAAAGAAAGAAGUGACUGGAACAAUAACCCUCAAAACUUACAAGCAAUAAUCGAAGCCAUCAGCAAAUCAGACCUCAAAAACUCUCUUAAAACCCUCCGACUCAAAAACCGCCCACCCGAGAAAAUGGACAUCAAAACCCUCCGCGAACUCUUCUCCCUCUGCUCUCUACCCCACUCCCUAAUCAGGUACUAAAAUCCCCUCCAGCUCUCUUCCAUCCUCCCCUCUCUUCACCCAUUUCCACGAUAUCUUCUAAAAUCCCUUUUUCAGGGUUU